GAUUUCAACAGGACAAAAAUCAACGACUCACUCAAGAGAAUCAUAGCACAACCCCACUUCGGCGACGGCACCACCACCACCACCACCACAACCACAACGACCGUCCUUUUUGUCUCUUUCAAUCUCCACUUCUUGGAUUCCAUCGGCUCCUUUUCUAUCUGAAACAGACGUGUUUGUUGAUAUAUGUGAAGAUAAGGGGACGAAAACUACGAAGCAUAUAGAAUUUGUGGCGUCUUUGAUUGGUUACACAACACACAUAUAAUGGAUGUGAAACCUAAAGUUAACGGUGAUCUUAAGGAUGAUGAAGAUAACCGUCGUCCGGCAGCAAUCGAUGGUCCCACCAAUCCAAUGGUUACGCCGCUUCUCACGGAUCUCUAUCAGUUCACCAUGGCUUAUGCGUACUGGAAAGCUGGAAAGCAUAACGAACGUGCUGUGUUUGACUUAUAUUUUCGACGGAACCCGUUUGGUGGUGAAUAUACUGUUUUUGCUGGUCUCGAAGAGUGCAUAAGGUUCAUUGCUAAUUUUAAAUUUUCAAAGGAAGAGAUUGCUUUUGUUCGAGAAAGUUUAUCUCCAACAUGUGAGGAUGGCUUCUUUGAUUAUCUUGAAGGAAUUGAUUGUUCUGAUGUGGAAGUAUAUGCUAUUACUGAGGGAUCUGUCGUCUUUCCUAAAGUUCCCUUGAUGAGGGUUGAAGGCCCAGUGGCUGUGGUUCAAUUGUUGGAAACUCCUUAUGUGAAUCUUAUAAAUUAUGCAUCACUAGUCACUACAAAUGCUGCAAGGCAUCGUUUUGUUGCUGGAAAAUCCAAAGUACUUCUUGAGUUUGGGCUACGACGGGCACAGGGCCCGGAUGGUGGUAUAGGGGCAUCAAAGUAUUGCUACAUGGGAGGAUUUGAUGCAACAAGCAAUUGUGCAGCUGGAAGAUUAUUUGGAAUACCGCUCCGGGGAACACAUUCCCAUGCUUUUGUUAGCUCAUUCAUGGGAACUGAUGAGAUUAUACAGAAGUCUCUCCGAAGUCAUGAUGGCUCUAGCGUGUGCCAGGAUUUUGUUAGUGUUGUGCAUACAUGGUUAAGCAAACUAAAGAGGCUAAGUAUAUUGAAGGGUGUUUUUGGUGAGACUAACCAGAGUGAGCUAGCUGCUUUCAUUUCGUACGCCCUGGCAUUUCCUGACAACUUUCUAGCUCUUGUAGACACAUAUGAUGUCAUGAGGAGCGGUAUUCCUAACUUCUGCGCUGUUGCUCUAGCACUAAAUGAUAUGGGGUACAAAGCAAGGGGCAUUAGAUUAGACUCUGGUGACCUUGCUUAUCUGUCAUGUGAAACGAGGAAGUUCUUUCAGACUGUUGAAAAGGAAUUUGGGGUUCCUGAUUUUGGAAAGACUGGUAUCACUGCUAGCAAUGACCUUAAUGAGGAAACCUUAGAUGCUUUGAACAAACAGGGUCAUGAGGUAGAUGCCUUUGGAAUCGGGACCAAUUUGGUCACUUGUUAUGCUCAAGCUGCUCUAGGUUGUGUUUUCAAGCUUGUUGAGAUAAAUAACCAGCCGCGUAUUAAGCUGUCAGAAGAUGUCUCAAAGGUCUCUAUUCCUUGUAAAAAACGAUCUUUCAGAUUAUACGGCAAGGAAGGUUACCCCCUUUUGGACAUAAUGUCAGGUGAAAAUGAACGACCUCCAAAGGUAGGCGAAAGAAUUUUAUGUCGCCACCCAUUUAAUGAAUCCAAGAGAGCUUAUGUGGUGCCACAGCGUGUUGAGGAGCUUAUGAAGUGUUAUUGGCCCGGAAAUACAGACGAAAAAAGAGAAGAACUGCCAACGCUUAAGCAGAACAGGGAACGUUGUAUCAGCCAACUGGAACAAAUGCGACCUGAUCACAUGAGACGGCUAAAUCCUACCCCUUACAAGGUUAGCGUAACGGCAAAGUUGUAUGAUUUCAUUCAUUUUCUAUGGCUGAACGAGGCACCGGUAGGAGAAUUACAAUAGGGGUCUGCAAGUAAUAAUGCUGCAAAUAACCAUGGCUCCUUUCAUCAACUCUACAUAAUAAGUUAGAUUUUUGUUUAAAUACCAUUGGUAUGUUGCAUAGUUUUCAAUGUUUCAGUAUAUGGAAUAAAAGGUUUUCGCUCCGUCUCCAAAUGAAAAUCUGUAAUCAUUGAACUUUAUUUUGUGAAUACGUUCGUGUAUAUAUAUGCAUACACAUUGCGUCACAAAUUACGUGGUC